AUGGCGCUGUUCCUGAAGCUCUGCAGUUUGCUACUGGCUCUCAGCCCUGGCCUCUUCCUGACCGUCAGGGCGGAAUGCAGCAAGUACUGCACCUCUUGCACCUACCGCCUGGGACAACAUGCGGACAUCAAUCCAUUGGCUUGCACACUAGAAUGUGAAGGGAAAUUGCCAUCUGCCAAAGCCUGGGACACCUGUAAGGAGCUUCUGCAACUGACCAAGAUGGAUCUUUCUCAGGACGGCACCAACAACCAAGGAGAAAGCAAACAAGAUGAAAGUCAUCUUCUAGCCAAAAAGUAUGGGGGCUUCAUGAAAAGGUAUGGAGGAUUCAUGAAGAAAAUGGAUGAGCUUUAUCGAGUGGAGCCAGAAGAUGAGACGAAUGGAGGAGAGGUCCUUGCCAAGCGAUAUGGAGGCUUCAUGAAGAAAGACUCUGAUGAUGAUGCAUUGGCCAAUUCAUCAGACCUGUUGCUGAAAGAGCUGCUGGGAACAGGAGACAACUCUGAAGCAGGGCAUUAUCGAGAAGGUAAUGAGAAUGAGGAGGAAGUGAGCAAGAGGUAUGGGGGCUUCAUGAGAAGCUACAAGAGAAGUCCAGAACUGGAAGAUGAAGCAAAAGAGCUACAAAAAAGAUAUGGGGGCUUUAUGAGAAGAGUUGGAAGGCCUGAAUGGUGGCUGGACUACCAGAAAAGGUAUGGUGGAUUUCUUAAGCGCUUCGCUGAUUCCCUGCCUUCAGAUGAAGAAGGAGAAAGUUAUUCCAAAGAAAUUCCAGAAAUGGAGAAGAGAUAUGGAGGAUUUAUGAGAUUUUAAUACUUUUUCCCAUCAGUCCUCAAAUGCCCUGCCCAGCUUUUCUUUGGAAAGACUGCCUCAUUGAUCAUAUUUUAUUGUAAGGUGUUGCUUGCACUGUACAGUUUUUUAUUGUCCUAGUUAACAAUACACCCUUCAAUCUGUUAUUUAAGUUUCUGUGUUCUUUGGAAGGUCUGCAACUUCUGUUCUAGUGCAAUUGAAACCACCCUGGUAGUUUUCAUGCUAAUACUGUUUUUGUUCAUU